UCCUGGCGCGUUUCCGGUGGACGCGAGACAAAAAGAGGCGAGCGAGGACUGGAGGACGGAUCAGCAGGAGGACGGAUCAGCAGGAGGACGGAUCAGCAGGAGGACGGAUCAGCAGGAGGACAGCCGUGUUUGUUUGUCAGCGUCAGGUCCCGGGGCUCAGCGGACACCUGCAGCGGGAAGGAGAACAUCGACUCGAGCCAUGGUGAAGAUCAGCUUCCAGCCUGUCGCAGGGCAGAAGGUGGAGAAGGAGGCUGAUGGCGACAAGACGGAGAUCCUGAUUCCUCAUCCCGUGGAUGAAGAUGAGCUGGUUCUGCCAUUGCGCCCGAAGAAGUCGCCCCUUAACGGGCUUUGCUGCCUGACAUUUGGACUGGUAGUCUUUAUGGCCGGUCUGGUUCUGGCCUCCAUUUACGUCUACCGCUACUACUUCAUACCUCAUAUCCCAGAGGAGAACCUGUUUCACUGCAGGGUUCGUUACGACGACUCUGCUUACGCCUCGCUCCGUGGGCACCAGGAGCUGGAGGAGAACGUCGGCAUCUACCUGGCCGACAACUACGAGAAGAUCAGCAUUCCCGUCCCUCACUUCAGAGGCAACGACCCCGCUGACAUCAUCCACGAUUUCCACAAGGGACUGACAGCCUACCAUGACAUUGCUCUGGACAAGUGCUACGUCAUUGAGCUCAACACCACCAUCGUGAUGCCUCCACGCAACUUUUGGGAGCUUCUCAUCAAUGUCAAGAAGGGAACAUACCUGCCUCAGACUUAUAUCAUCCAUGAAGAGAUGGUGGUGAGCGGCAAAGUGCACAACAUGCGUCAGCUGGGACCUUUCAUCUACCGCCUGUGUAACGGGAAGGAAACGUACCGCCUGACCCGCCGGCUCACCCGAAGGCGCAUCAACAAGCGAGAGGCGAAGGAGUGCCACCACAUCCGCCACUUUGAGAACACCUUCGUGGUGGAGACGGUUAUCUGCGAUGAAGCGUAGACUUGUGGGUUCGAGCGCUGCCUCCCCCCACCUGAAGGCACAACUCCACUCUCCACCCCAGCCACUGUAGCAUCCACCUCUGGAUCUGAUCACAUCUCGGUUGCACUUUACUUGUGAUUUGAUGUACUUUGUAACAGUUUUUUUUUCUUUCUCGUUUGUGUUUUUUUAUUUUUUAUUUUACCGUGUGUUGUAUUUGCCCUGAAGUGGUGAUGCAACACUCAGUUGUUGGUUCCGUCACAGAAUUUUCCAUGUAGCAAAUCCUUAAGCCAAUAAUAAAGGAUCAUUUCAACAUCUCUCCUGUUGAUCUCUGGAGGAUUCGUACUGUACGAUGCUUACUGUCUCCAUGUGUUGCCAAGGUGACCAGGCUUUGGGUUUUCCUGGAAGUCCCGAGGGUUCAUUUGUGUUUUGUUAGAUUUGCAAACAGUCAUUUGUGGCAAGUAUGAGCUCUUGCUUUGCUUAAUCCAAUUUAAAGCUAAAGUUGGCCAAGUUAUUUAUUUUUUCUGUGUUGUGUGCGAUGUAAACAUGUAACUGCUGAGGACUAGUUGCUUGCUUCGCAUUAUCUCUUGCCUGUUUGUAGCUUUCUUACUCGUCUUUCUGCCUUUUUCUCAUCACAAUAUUGAUUGCAUUCAUUUAAUGACAGUUUUUUAAAUUAAUUUCACUUUUCCCUGAAUAUACACAUGAAUCAUUAGCAGUAAUCUCUGCUUUACUUCGCAUGUGUCCAUCUUUAAUAGAAAAAAUAAAUUCUUUAAACUGUUUUUUUGUUUUCUGUAACGUUAAAGCCUUAGUCUGGAGGUACAACCUGGGCUAAAGUCAACACAAAGGGAGCACAUUAUCUGAUGUGUUAGCUCAACUACACUUUGUUCUGUAUAUUUUGUCUGAUAAUGACACUUGUCUGUGAAGUAAAUAAAAUGACUA